CGGCCGACGACAGAAGCGGUCGCCUCGCGCCACGGUAUGCGCGCGCUCCCGAGAACACAAAACUGAUUUAUAGUGUCCCGUUGAAAAAAUAAUCGGCCAAGUGAUGUGAUGGAGGGCCAGGAGUGGAGAGACGAGUGGCAUCAACCUCGCCAGCUGGACGGCGUGGUAUCAAGUCAGUUCCCUCGAGGCGCCUACUUGCAGUCGCUAGCGGAACGCGUCAGCCGGGACCAAGACCAGCUCCCUGUGCUACCCUCGCUACAUAACACGCCCAGAGAUGUUAACGCACCUGUGAUUUAUACUGAUAGUGCAGUAUGUUCCCGAAGCACGUACUCCCCGCUGCAGGCGCUCAGCGAGAGCACCUGUAGGGACCAUGGCGCGCAGGUCGCCCCACCACCGCCGCAGCCGCCGCCACGGAUGCCGGUAUCAAACCAGAACGUAACACUGCACCCAGCGGUCGCGCGAUGUACUGCAUCUCUAGAACUAGCCGCGCUAUGGAGAAGCUUCCACGAGCUCGGUACAGAGAUGAUAGUCACCAAGGCUGGGAGGAGAAUGUUCCCGGCGUUACAGGCGAGGCUGUCCGGUCUGCUGCCUAAUGCCGAGUAUCUGUUGCUUGUGGACUUUGUGCCGUUGGAUGAUAAGCGGUAUCGCUAUGCGUUUCACAGUUCAAGCUGGGUAGUAGCGGGCAAAGCGGACCCGGUGUCCCCGCCGCGCAUCCACGUGCACCCCGACUCGCCCGCGCCCGGCGCGCACUGGAUGCGACAACUCGUGUCCUUCGACAAGUUGAAGCUGACCAACAAUCAGCUCGAUGAUAAUGGACAUAUAAUCCUAAACUCGAUGCACCGCUACCAACCUCGUUUACACGUGGUGUACUUGCCCGGGGACGGGCAGAGCUCUGCCCCGGGAACAGUUCCAUAUCGUACUUUUAUAUUCCCGGAAACUGGCUUCACUGCGGUCACUGCUUAUCAGAAUCAUAGGAUAACACAAUUAAAGAUAGCCAGUAAUCCAUUUGCAAAAGGCUUCCGAGAUUGCGACCCGGACGAUUGUCCACCAGAACAGACCCCCCAACGCAGCGUCCCGCGGCGCCGCGAGCCGCAGCCCGCGGAGGCCUACCCGCUGACGCAGCCCUACGCCGCCGACCCGAGCUCUAGCGGCCCGCUGUACCCAGCACAUGCACAUCCAGUACGAUAUCAACCGCACGCAGGCCACAAUAGCGCCUAUUCAGCAUAUUACGCACACAGAUAAACAAAAAAUACACACUAUACCAAAAAGUAUGUGAUAUAGAUUAAAGACGAUGAAUAUUGAUAGAAAAGUAUUUAUUUUAUGUUCUAUUUAUACGAGUUUGAAUCGAAAUUUUCAAAUAGUCUAUGGUAUUAUGAAUGAGGUUCGUUAAUUUAAUAGAUAAUUGAAAAAUUGUAAUAUUCCAAAUUAACGUACUCAUAAAGAAAAUAAUGAGAGAUAAAAGUUGGAUGAUGCGAUAGCGUAUUUAAAAAAAACGUAUUUCUUUUUAUUUAUUCUUUCCUUACAUUACCAAGCGGAUUAUAGAUUUGUCCCUUAUAAUGAUGGAAAAUUUGUAUUAUAAUAUUAAGUUAUUUUAUAUAAGUAGUUUUAUAAUAUAUCUAAUUUCGUAACUUUUCACAUUAAAAGAAAUAAAAGCGUGUUGAUAAGAAAUCAUUUUUGAUUGAAUUUAAAUAUAACUUCCUUUAGAUAGGUACUUAUUAAUUUAAGUCUUUCACUGAGGAACUAAGAACACUGAAGUGCCUUAACAGUGCCAUUUUUAAUAGAGUAGGAAUUUUAUUUAAGAUAUUUCAUACGAAUGUAAUAUU